AUGGCAUCUUUCAUAGCUUUCCUUGUGUACAGCUGGGUUCUCCUAUCGCUUGCAGCAGGUCAAGUUACCUAUCCAGAAUCUCCAGCCUGUAAGUUUCCCUUCAUUUAUGAGGGCAAAGCCUUCACUACAUGCACGGAAUAUGGUUCUACUGACAAAACUCCAUGGUGUGCCACAACCUCAAACUAUGACAGGGAUCGUAAAUGGAAGCCGUGUGCUGUCAAAGAGUAUGGAGGUAAUUCCAAUGGAGCGCCAUGCACCUUUCCCUUCAUUUACCUUGGUCGUACUUACUACACCUGCACCAACAAAUUUGAGCAUAAAGGACGGUACUGGUGCGCCACAACAGGGAGCUAUGAUAAGGACCGGAAGUGGAGUUUCUGUGCAGACAUCAAACUGAGUGUCAACUACCCUGAAGAUCCAUGUAGAUUUCCUUUCACCUACAAAGGCAAGACUUACUCUGGUUGUACAGGAGCUGGGAGAGAGGAUGGGAAGCUUUGGUGCUCUAUCAGCAAAAAUCAUGAUGACAACUCACAAUUGGUAUUCUGUGAGCCUUCAGAUCCAGCCCCCUGCUACUUUCCUUUCAAAUACAAGAAAAAAUCCUACUCUGACUGCACCAUGAAUGGGAGUUUUGAUGGGCAUUUGUGGUGUGCCACAACCGCAGAUUAUGACAAGGACAGCAAGUGGAAGGCAUGUAUUACUGAAGAAUAUGGAGGAAACUCGAAUGGUGGGCAGUGUGUCUUCCCCUUCACCUACAUGGACAAGGAAUAUACUACAUGCACCAAUGAGGAUACAGAUGGGAGAUUCUGGUGUGCCACUACGGCAAACUAUGACAAGGACAAGAAAUGGAGCUUCUGUGCUGACACAAGAAUGAGCAACGGGGAGAUUGUCAAGCCAGGAAAUGUCGGCAGUUCUAAGGCGCCAUGUUCCUUCCCCUUCAUCUACAAAGGCAAGACUUACACAGAGUGUACUUCCAAGGGGACUUUAACAUGGAAGCUCUGGUGCUCUCUCACCAGCAACUAUGAUAGAGAUAAGAGAUGGAGAUACUGUCAGCCUUCAGAUUUAGAAACACAAAAUCAGUUGCAGUCUAAUGAAGAGAAGCAAACAAUAAAUAUCAGCAAGAUUGGUUCUGGACACCUGUGA